AUGCACCGAGAGAAGACCCUGGUCGGAACUAAUGACAGUGCUGAAUCGGAAGGAAGUGAGUCUCCCGUUAUGGAGCUCUUCGAAACUGACGAGGAGAUUAGGACACAUCCGCCCGACUAUCGUAGAAGACAUAGACCACCCAAACAGGAAGGUGAGCUCCCUCGCCAUAAAAUCGACAUUCCCUUCUUUGAUGGCAGACUUCACAUUGAAGACUACCUAGAGUGGGAAGGAUCUGUGGAGAACUUUUUUGGGUACAUGGAGAUCAGCCCGGGGCAUCGCACUGUUAGCGAAUAUACAGAGGAAUUUUACAGGUUGUGUGCUCGAAAUAACCUGUCCGAAUCCGAUAAUCAGUUGGUGUCGCGCUACAUCGGGGGAUUGAAGGAUUCGCUCCAGGACAAAUUGGAGCUAAAUUCGGUCUGGUCGGUUUCUCAGGCGGUCAACUUUGCCUUGAAGGUAGAAGCGCAAGCGCAGAGGACGAACAGAUCGUAUGUUCCAAAACGUGCAGCUCAAGAAGGUAGUUACGGGACCUGGAAGGGCAAUGCCUCAAAUUUUAAAAAUUCACCUGUGUCUACAAACUGGUCGCAAGUCCAACGAGUGCCCAUUGCGCCAUCAAGUUCAAAUGUUGGAAGCUGCGAGGAUUGGGACCCGUCCACUCCGUUGGAAGAAGUUGAAGAACAAGCGGAGGAAUUGCUGGCUGAUGAGGGGAACCCAAUCCUUUGUGUUAUGGAGAAGGUACUACUAGCCCCUAUCCAACCUGUCGAGACUCAGCGACAUAGUCUGUUUCGCACUAAAUGUACAAUUAAUGGAAAGGUUUGCGACCUGGUUAUCAAUAGCGGUUGUACUGAGAAUAUCAUCUCCCGUGCCGCCAUCCAAGCUCUACAGCUGAAGACGGUGAAGAGCAGUAACCCGUAUAAGAUCGGAUGGCUUAAAAAGGGAGUGGAAUUCCUUGUCUCCGAGUGUUGCAAGAUUACAUUUAGCAUUGGCAACAGGUACAUUUGUCAAGUGAAUUGCGAUGUCCUUGACAUGGAUCUUUGCCAUCUCAUCUUGGGGAGGCUGUGGCAAUUCGACAAUGGGGACGUUCAUGACGACCGGGCUAACACGUAUACUAUAGACUGGAAAGGGAAGAAGCUCAAACUGACUCCGGCAACGCAGAAUUCUCAGAAGCCUAAGUCCAACAACCUGACUACCGUUCAGCUAGUUUCGGGGCAUGCUCUCUUACAGAUGAAGGACGAGGACUAUCCAGCACUCGCACUUAUGGCGGUAGACUCGGUGACGCAUAACCCGCAGCCAAUCCAACUUGAAGUUUGCAAACUCAUUGACAUGUUUGCUGAUAUCAUGGCCGCGGACUUACCUUCGUCACUACCACCCAUACGCAACCUUCAGCAUCAAAUCGAAUUCAUUCCAGGUGCCACCCUUCCUAACUUACCUCACUACCAUAUGAGCCCACGUGAGCAUUCCAUUUUGCAGGAGAUAGUGCAAGAUCUUUUGCAGAAACAAUUCAUCCAACUGAGCCUGAGUCCAUGUGCUGUUCCUGCCCUGAUUGUGCCGAAGAAGGACGGACAAUGGCGGAUGUGUAUCGACAGUAGCGCCAUCAACCGCAUCACCGUGAAGUACCGAUUCCCCAUUCCAAGGAUCAAUGAUCUCCUUGACAGGUUGCACGGGUUCGAGUUGUUUUCCAAGCUGGAUUUGAGGAGUGGCUACCACCAGAUACGCAUUCGUCCAGGCGACGAAUGGAAGACGGCAUUCAAAACCAUUGAAGGGCUGUUCGAAUGGAAGGUCAUGCCCUUUGGGCUGUGUAACGCGCCCUCAACCUUCAUGAGAUUAAUGCAUGAAGUCCUUAAGCCUUAUUUAGACAAAUUUUGUAUUGUCUAUUUUGAUGACAUAUUGGUGUUUAGCGCUUCCCUUUCAGAUCAUCUAGCACAUUUAAAGCUGAUACUGGAGACUCUGCGGGACAAUCAGCUUUUUCUCAAUCUGGCUAAAUGCCAAUUCGCCAUGAAGCAAGUGCAUUUCCUGGGGUUUGUCCUGACCCCGACUGGCAUUCAAACGGCUCCGCAGAAGAUCGCCGCAAUCAUGGAGUGGCCAAUUCCUAAGUCACUAGCUGAAGUGCGAAGCUUCCACGGCCUGGCAAAGUAUUACCGCCGAUUUAUUAGGGGAUUCAGCAAUAUUAUGUCUCUGAACACCAACUGCAUGAAAUCCACCUCCUUCAAUUGGACCGCCGCACAACAGAGAAGUUUUGAACGGAUCAAGAUCGCGCUCAGCUCCGCUCCAGUCCUGGCCUUCCCGGACUUUGAAAAAGCCUUUCAAGUUGACACUGAUGCGUCUGCUAUAGGCAUCGGAGCUGUACUCUCGCAAGAAGGAAAACAUGUGGAGUACUUCAGCGAGAAAUUGAGUGCCGCCCGGCAACGGUGGUCCGCAUAUGAGCAAGAACUCUAUGCUGUCGUCAGAGCACUCAAGCAAUGA